UAUGUCCCCAAAGAAGAAACUGACUCCAGUGCAAAAAUGUGUCAGUCCAUUAGUUUGGUGCAGGCAGGUAUUGGAUUACCCAAGUCCUGACAUUGAAUGUGCUAAAAAGUCGCUGAUUCACAGGCUGGAACAGACAAUGUCAGCUCUCAAGAGACAGAGUUUGUACAGCAGCCCUUUUAGUGCGGUCAGUUACACAAGCUCCUAUAGUCCAAAUACUAGUAGCCCCUACAGCAGUGGUUUCAACUCUCCCUCCUCAACACCAGUGAAAUCUGCUUUAGUGAAACAGCUCAUACCUCCUGGUACCUCAGGUCAUCUUAAAAGUUCGGCAGAUAGAAAUCCUCCACUAAGUCCACAGUCCUCUCUGGACAGUGAACUAAGUGCAUCAGAGAUGGAUGAAGACUCUAUUGGGUCUAAUUACAAGCUAAAUGAUGUUACAGAUGUGCAAAUUUUAGCACGAAUGCAGGAAGAAAGCCUCCGGCAAGAGUAUGCAGCAACUGCUUCUCGGCGUAGUUCUGGUUCUUCUUGCAAUUCUACAAGGCGAGGCACGUUCAGUGAUCAGGAGCUUGAUGCUCAGAGUUUAGAAGAUGAAGAAGAUGGCACACAUCAUACAGUGCACCCUGCUGUUAACAGGUUCUCACCAUCACCUCGCAGUUCUCCCUGGCCCUCACCAAAACAAUCUCCAAGGAAUUCACCUCGCUCCCGAUCACCUGCUCGAAGCAUAGAAUACAGUAGAGUGUCACCCCAACCUAUGAUUAGCCGUUUACAGCAACCUCGUCUUUCGCUUCAAGGCCAUCCUACAGAUUUGCAGACUAGUAAUGUCAAAAGUGAAGAAAAACUAAGGCGUAGUCUUCCAAACCUGUCCAGGACAUCUAACAUCCAAGCUGAGUCUGUGAAAAACAGCAGAAGUGACUCAAACUUCCAAGUGCCAAAUGGAGGAAUACCUCGCAUUCAACCUCAAGCCUCAGCCAUACCUUCUUCAAGUAAAUUCCGCUCACCUGCAGCACCAUCUCCCCUAGCUCUCCGACAACCAGUGAAAGCAUUUAGUAACCAUGGACCCGGUUCAGUUGCUUCUCCAGAAGCCAUGCAGCUGACACACAGUAGUUCUUCACCAGGGCCUCUUGCAGGCCAGAGUUCAGGCUUGCCAAGCCCUGCCAGCAGUAUUAACAGUACUACUCUUACCAGACCGGCAGGGACAGCAGGGAUGAGGAGUGGUUUGCCCAGACCCAGUGCCCCUUCUUCAGGGGGCAUCCCAGUGCCUCGUAGCAAACUUGCACAGCCUGUUCGCAGAUCAUUACCCACUCCCAAAACCUAUGGCAACGUGAAAGACGAGAGUUGGAAAGAUGGCUGCUACUGAACUGCAAAGCUUAAUGCAAAGUUCCAGUGCUCAUGGAUGCUUCCUCACCAGGCUAAAGACAGCUUGAUUAUACAAACUGUUCAGAUGUGACUUUUGGGAUUUGUAAAAAUUCCAGACCUCUCUGUCUCUAAUUAGCACAAACUGGCAGAGAUUAUAAAGCAGCACUUUAAUGACAUCUAACAUCAGAUGUUUGGUGAUCAUACAAUCACUUCUACAUUAAAUUGCUAUCAGUUCUGGGUUUUUUUUCUUGCUUGCUAAAGGUGUAUCAAUAUGAGCAUUUAUGACAGUGGCCAAUGUCUGGGCAAAAACCUAACGAAUGCCAAAGAAAUGCCCAUCUUGAAAAACAGCAAGUAUAACAGUCAACUUACAUUGUCCAAAACUUCAUUUUCAGCCCGUUUUAAUUCAGCAGAAAGAUUGGUGAAUAUUUACUAUUGAAACAAGGCUAUGUUAAUCAGAGCUAAUACUCUGAUUGCAGACUGCUACAGUGCUAGUGAAACAUUGCUUUUAACAAUUGUAUGAGAUUUUCAUUGGGGAAAGUGGUACGUACGUCCUUCAGAAAGAAUCAGAAGUUCCUCUGGAGGAUUAGGCAGAACAGUAAUUAGUAGCCAUGGCUUUUAUUAACAUUAAAGGUUUGAAUGUAGCAGACACACAAAUGCAAUAGUAUAGAUUGCAUCUUUCCUAUGUUGAUGAUCAGCUUUACAUGCUCUUAUAUGUUUGAUUGCCAAAAGGGCUUAGUAUCAGUUGUACAAUCUUUCUAACCUUGAAGUUCCUGGCUCAGGAAAGAUGGCCUUUGCUAUUGUAGCCACAUUUUUAUCACAUGGCUCGCUAUUUGGGAAAAACUUUUUUUAUAGCAGGUUUCCUUAAAAAGGAAAGAGCAAGUUGUAAUGUUAAUUUGUUCUAAUACAAUACCACUAUGCUUGCAGCCUGGAGCAACUGUAAAUGCUGAUAGUUAAGGAGAAGGAAACACAACUAUGCACUUGUAACAUACAAAUUUUAAGGUAAUGAGUUGACUCUUGAUGCCAAAUGAUAUUCAUUUAGGUGAUGUUCCAUGGUAUGAGGGAGUUUUCUGUAUCCUAUUUUUUUACUUUCAUCCAUUUCUUAAAUUGGUUUAUUUUAAAUUGUAAAUAUUUUUACAGAAGAUAUUGCCCAUGUAAGUGUGUUUAAAUAUGUACUUUGCCUUACAUACGUGUAUCUUACAUUACUGGUAACAGAGUAUGAAACCUGCUAUGUCUGUUUACAAGCUGUUAAAUUCCUCUGGUGGCUCUGACUUAUUCUAAUGCAUUUUGCUCAGAACAACUCAUUCAUACGAUUAGCAUUUGAACCAUUGUUUUCUGUUUUGGAAGACAUCAUGCAAACAUUUGUAACUACAGUUGUAUUGGGUGGGACUAGUUAAAUGGAAGGGAUUUUCUUUGAAGCUUUUUCAGUAUUUUGGAUGUACAGUUGAUGAAGUAAGAGAAUGUGAAUGGUAUAUCCUUUGUGCAAUGACUGGCGAACACUACAAGUUGGAUUGGACGGUAGGUAGCCUUCAACCCCGUUAGUAUCUGAGUUUGGAACUGCUGGUGUAUUUUGACUCCCACCACUAAGAGGAUAACUAACCCUGAAAUUCUAGCACUUGAAUUUUAGGCCAGCAUUAACAUAUUCCUGGAUGAAAAGCCAUGCAAUACUACUUGACUUGGAAGAAGCCAAAUAGGAAGGAGUGGAGACUAAUUUGCAGCUCUGAUUACUCACGCAAAAUUUGGGUUGAUGAAUGACUUCACACUCCAGACCAAGAUCUGUGCUGAGACUUUGAAGUCAGGGUUUCGAAUAUACUGUAAUUCAGUAAGAUUUCAGCACGGGUAAAGAAACUACCUUGCACCAGUAGACCAGUACAUACCACCAAUCUAGCCUUGCGUCCUUCGCUGGCACGGAUAAUGGCUGUCAGUUAGUAUCUCAUGUCACCAUUAAGCAGAAGAGAGGACUAGACCAAAUGCGCAUAUUCUCGCUAAAGCUCGAAUUUUAACUUUUCAGUGUUUUACAAAGCAAUGCUGCAGUCUUCAUUGAAAAAAGGUGAAUUUUAAUUGGUGGAUUUUAUCAAAUGCUUGAUUGACUUUUAAAUUUCUAAAGUCAGUUUAGAUGACGAUAUUGGGGGUUUUACCAUGGCUGCAUCAAACUGUUAUGUACCUUUCCUUAAGUUAAGUAAUUCAUCACUUGGGUAAGUUCAGCUUAAGUUUUAUAAGGAUUCUUUUCUCUGCUGUUCUCCCCCUGAAAUACAGUGAACGACUUCCUGCGAAGAUAGACUGUUUUGUGCGUUACCAGUUUAUUGAUAUCAGGAAAUCAUGGGGCUCUGUGUUUAGAGAUUUACUGCAGAAGUGUGGAAAUACGGAUUUGAUAAACUAGUGCCUAUGAUUUACUUAACUUAUGUUUGAUAUAGUAGUAAGGGUUUUAUGAAUGUGGAUUACUUUUUGUGCCAACAGCUCGGAAUUGUUGUAUGUGUGUAGGCAGAAGGACUUGUUCUGCUUCCAAAGUUAUUUAAUUUUUUUGUUUGAAUGUUUUUGUAAGUGUUAAAAGUGUAAAAAAAAAUAUA